CGCAUACUGACCCGGGAGAAAACUCCAUUCUUAGCAACAUCUACCGAGACACAUGAGAAAGGGCUUAAGAGCUAGUAUCGACGUAGUCGACACAUAUUGAUGGCCAGCGCAGCGCCCAUUCAAAACCGGCCAUAUCGUUCGCACAAGGUGCCCGCCUGCACCAGAUGUCGAUCGCGCAAAAUUCGCUGUCAUAUCGAUAUCCCGGGAGAGCCAUGUUUAUCAUGUCGAGAACGCCGGUUAAGAUGUCAAUAUGUGGAAUCAUCGACCAGUUCACCAACCGAAGAUAACAGUGACCGAAAACCUGCAAAACGCCGCAGAAUCAGCCAGGACGAUGGAAUAGAAGGUGGCCCAUUGCGGCAUCGUGCAGCACCUGUACUGCAUAAAGCCACAAAUAACCCAUCUGCAUCCAUCAUAAUGGCAUCGCAUCUUGCCGAGGAUCUUGACAUCUUCAAUCGACACCUUGCCAAGCAUCGCAAGCCGGGGGGUGAAGCUGCGGAGACAUCGACGUACCAGACCCUCAACCAUGACGUACAAGAUCCAAUCGUGUACCUUACUGUUCCAAGAUUUCGGACAGGACUACCACCUGGCAGCGGAUGUGGGCGAUCACAGCUGGACAUCCUCGAGCAGAUCAUGGGCCCGUUCAAGCGCGAGGUUGUAGAGCUAUACUUCAAGCAUCUCCACUACCACUUCCCAGUUCUGGAUGAAGAGAUGUGUGCGCUGCUACGCAAUGGCGAGCUUGAUAAGGCUCCAAAUAACCUUAUGUGUGUCAUCUAUGCUCACGGAUCACCGCUUUGGACAAGAUCGGAGACAUUGAAGAUGCACCCAAAACCAGAUGCGCAUUACGUUUGGAACAAAGCUAUCUCGGCAACAUUAGAAGACUUUCUGAGUCCAGGCAUGUCGACAAUAUCAACCGCUAUUCUCGACCAAAUCGGCCGCCCGUCUGUUUCUAUUGUUGGCAACAUUACGCUCUGCGGUAAGACUGUUUCGCUUGCACAGACAUUUGGCCUGCAUCGCGACCCAACUAAGUGGCAUAUAACGGAUAACGAGAGAUCCGUGCGAGUUCGGUUGUGGUGGUGCGUACUCAUUACAGAUACGUGGUCUAGUGUUGCAUACGGCGGGCCUCCGCAUAUCACGAAGGGCUACUAUGACGUGCCACGACCGACAGUCAGCUCACUUAUUAGUCAUAAGGCGAAUCAACAACAGAAACAGGCCACCCUUUGUUUUGUCCACUUCUGCGCCUUGACCGAGCUUGUGGGGUCGAUUAUCCCUCUAAUCUACCAAAUCGAACCGGACCGGAUGCAAUUAUCACAACAAGUGGCCUACUUCAAACGCGAGCUGAACAAUUUGGAGGCUCAGUUACCCACAUGGCUCCCUCUUCCUAAUCAGCCGGGAUCAAGCAACCUAUGGUUCUGUUUCUUAUCCACUCGCCUACUUCUUGCCCGCGUGACGCUGCGCUCUGCGGUCUUAGAAGGCGACAGUACACUUGGACGAGACAGAAUGCAUCAGCUACGCACAGCUUCCUCGGCAGUCCUGGACUUUCUGCUUUCACUUGGCGAACUGCAGUUCCAUGAUUUCUGGCUCCCAUACGUGACACAUCUUCUAGUUCAUGCCAUCACAGUGUCCCUCCGAUGCACAGUCGAAACUCAGGAUCCGGAGUUACGCAAUACAUCUGUAGACCGACUCCAAAGGGUCAUUGCGCACAUCCAACAUGCUUUUGAUAACUACGACUGGGAUUUGGCAAUUUACUGUCUCGAGAGAUGUGCGGAGCCAGUAUCUAGGAUUGCAUCUUUGAAUUCGAGGGAGCCUGCCCCACCGUCCGAGACCGAGAUUGCAAGUGUGGCCCCGCUAAAUGGACACGACACUGGUAUUGAGGUUCCGCCAGUGCCAGCAUUCGACGAUACGAACUUUCUACUUUCCGAUGUCUUGGACCCGAACGCAUUCGACUUCUCGUGGGAGGCUCUGUGGGACACUCCUUCCGGCAUGACGAACUUUGCCAUCUGAAGAACUGUCGUCGUACAGACGUACAAAGAUUAUCAAGAAGUGGCGGAUUCAACUUCUCGCUGGCCUGAGAAUGCGGACCGAAACUUGAUGCCAAAGUACCCAGCAAAUGCUGAAGACCGCCGUGCUGCUGGAGUCGCCUUGAGUGUGUCUUUGCGCAGUCCAAGUCAGACAUGCUGAAGGCGUCUCGACUGAGGGCAGCAAUGGAUGUUAUGAGGACAUUUCGACCGAACGUAAAUCUCUCGGUUUUACAGGAUAUGAAGGGAGCUGGUUGAACGAUGCGCGGAUCACCUAAUAACGAUAUGGAAAACAACCAGGAUAUCGUCAAGUACGAUAUCCUAACUAUUACAUAAUGAUAAUGUAUCUGUCUCACGAGUAGUGCCGGUGCUAUCUACUCUAUACAACCAUUGCGAUUACAUCAGGUACAGUGUCAAGAGACACAUUGUCACAGGGUUGUAGCAGAUUAGGUCGGACAUGUGUUGCUGAGUAACAUUGCAA